AUGGGAAAAACAAAAGUUUCAGAUUAUUAUAAAAUAUUAGAUGUGAAAAAAUCUGCAAUAUUUGUAGAUAUUAAACAUACAUACAGAAAGCUGAUACUUUUAUACCAUCUGGAUAAGAAUGUGAAUAAACCAAUUAAAGAACAACAAGAAGCUGAACAAAAAUUUAAACAAAUACAAGAAGUAUAUGAUUAUAUUAUUGCAAAUCACAAAGAACCAAAACCAAAAAAGAAAAGUUCAACUAAAAAGAAUAAACUAUCUUUAAGAAAAAAAUCAAAAAAAACAUCAUCAAAAAAACAAACAAAACCUCAAACAAAAACUCAAAUAACAACAAAAGAGGAGUUAAAAGA